AUGGGAAUUGGACGACGGGGAGGAUUUGGAUCUCGCGGUGGAAUGCUUGAACACUCUGAUGUCCACGUCGGAAACGCUGAGCAAGGAGGAGAAGGGAGUUUUGAAGCAAGCCUUGAAGCGAAUUCACAGACAGAGCUGUUCUUGUGUUGUCUUGUAGUUUGUGUAAAGCAGAGUUUCUUUUUGUUUCUUGUUUCUUUUGAAUUAAAGUGA